UGGGCCUGGGGGCAGGAGGAGAAGGGAAGGAGAAGCAGGGUUGAAGAACAAAACGGUCUAAGGAUUCACGUGGGAGGAGCAGGUGCAGGAGGAGGAGAAAUAGUAGGAGGAAGAGGAGUGGGAGGAAGAGUAGGGCCACAGGAGGAGGUGGGAGAGAAGGAAGAGGAAGCAGGACAACGUUCCAUUCUCCCUGUAUGUGCAGUCCCAGGAGUGUUGCCCUGGAGGUGACUGGGGAGGGGAUCCACGAUUUUGAUGGGGCUGAAUCUUGGUGUUUCUGAACUUUUUUGGGCUAAAUAUUGGUGCUUUGUUUUUUUGCAGGGGCCGAAUCUUUGUAUUCUGGAGGGGGUUUUUCCUGAAUUUGGUGUUUGGGUAGUUUUUCAUCAUUGUUUUCUUGUUUGGGCUGAAUCUUGGUGCUUUGCUUUGUUACAGACACAAGAUGCCCAAUGACUUCCUGAGAUGAACUUGGGCAUGGAGGAACCCCCAGUCCAAGGCGCUCUCCUCUCCUUUUCCUCCUAACCAGGAAUUUUCAUUCCCAAACUGUGUCCAGAUGGCAGAGGAGGAGAAAAAGCCCCAGAGAUCCUGCAUGAGGAGGGGCUGGAAACCCAGUCCAGGGAGCUGCGAGGAGGAAAGAUCCCCCCAGCGCCAGGAACACGGCCAGAGAUCCAGCCGGAGCUCAGAGCUGGGGGAGAAGCCCCACAAGUGCUUGGAAUGUGGGAAGGGCUUCAGAAACAGAUCCCACCUCAUCCAGCACCAGAGGAUCCACACAGGGGAAAAGCCCUACGAGUGUGGAGAAUGUGGGAAGAGCUUCAGCCAGAGCUCCAGCCUGAGGACUCACCAGAAGAUCCACAUGAGAGAACAACCCUAUGCGUGUGGGAAAUGUGGGAAGUGUUUCAGAAAUAUCUCUGACCUGAUGAGACACCAGGUGAUCCACACAGGGGAACGGCCCUACACCUACUUGGAAUGUGGGAAGAGCUUUGGGUGGAGCUCCAACCUGAGGAAACACCAGCGCAUCCACACUGGGGAGAGGCCCUACGAGUGUCCCCAGUGUGGGAAGAGGUUUCAGCACAGCUCCCAUGUCCUCGUACAUGAGCGGAUUCACACAGACGAGAGGCCCUUCCGCUGCCCCGACUGCGGGAAGGGCUUCAAACGCAAAUCCCACCUCAUCAGGCACCGGCACAUCCACACUGGGGAGAGGCCCUACGAGUGUCCCCAGUGUGGGAAGAGCUUCUCACAGAGAUCUAACUUGAGCCAACACCAAUGUAGGCACCAGUAAAGGAAGCCCUGCAAGUGCCCCGAGUGCGGGAAGAGCUUCGUGCGCUGCUCCAGCUCCAUCCCCCAUGGGAGGAUGGGCGUUGGAUGAUCCCCAGUGACCCCCGUUGGGCAGAGCCCUGGUGAUCCGUGGUCCUGGUGAUGCGUGUUGGGAAGACACCUGGCUGGGAGGCUGCACAUCUUCCUGGCUCCCUGUGGGCACCUGGAUGAAAGCAGGGGAAUGAAAAUCCAUCAGGACACAGACCAACAAUGGGAAUUGUUGACUUUAUAUCCUCAAGAAAAUUUUGCCUCAGGAGCUGUGUGGGCAGAGAAAAGGGGGUGACACUGGGCUUGGAGGCUCUGAGGGGAGCACACAUGCUCUGUGGGAGAGAGGACACCACCCCCGGGACCCCCUCUCACAUUCCUGUGCAGGAAGAAGCCGAGCCCCAGUGCCAGGAAGACAAAGCCCAACACGGAGACUCCAAUCCUCAUCAGCAUCUUGGUGUGGGCAGCGUUUGACAGCAUCCCUGGGGGGUCUGCAGAGAUCAGUACCCCCAAAACCUUUCACAGACACCUCAAGCCCCUCCAAGUACCCUCCCAGUUUCUCCCAGCCCAUCGAGGACCCACUGAAACCUCCUUGGGAGUCACUUAUUUUAAAAAAUGAUGAAUUAGAGAAAAA